GUGGUUGACCCGUCCUGCCUUUUCGCGCAUGCGUUUUACAGCAUAUCCUCUGGUACAUGUGCUCGGCAAGCAAGGUGGUGGACAAUGAGUACUCUACGGCUCCAAAAGAGGUUGGCAGCGGCCGUCCUAAAGUGUGGUAAACGAAAGAUCUGGCUCGACCCAAACGAGACGACAGAGAUUGGUAAUGCCAACUCGAGACAAAACGUUCGUAAGCUUGUGAAAGAUGGUUUGAUCAUCAAGAAGCCUACCACAAUUCACUCAAGGUCGCGUGUCAGAAGAGCCCUGGAAGCCAAAAAGAAGGGGAGACAUUCUGGCUAUGGUAAGAGGAAGGGUACUGCGAACGCUCGUAUGCCAGAGAAGAUCGUGUGGAUGAGGAGAAUGAGGACUCUACGCAGACUGCUACGCAAGUACAGGGAGUCCAAGAAGAUUGACAACCAUCUGUAUCACAGCCUUUAUCUCCAAGUCAAGGGUAACGUGUUCAAGAACAAGCGAGUGUUGAUGGAGCAUAUUCACAAAAAGAAGGCCGAGAACUUGCGAUCCAAACAACUUUCUGACCAGGCCGAGGCUCGCAGAAACAAGGUGAAGCAGAGCCGACUGCGUCGGGAAGAAAGGAUCAAGCAAAAGAGAGAAGAACUCCUCAAGCAAUACGCCAAAGAGGAUGAGGCAGCAAAGAUACCUAAAUAGAGAAAAACAUUUUGAGACCCUUCUCUUUUUGCUUAAUGUUUUAUGGUGUAAGACACGAUUUCUCAAAUCAGAGUGCGUUAUUAAUUAUUGUCUGUUGAUAGCA